AGAAAAUAGAUUAAAAUGUUCGCAAAGGCCAUAGUAGCGUGCGCGCUUUUGGUUGUGGUUCAUGGAGGACUUAUUGCUAGUCCCCAUGGAGCCGUGUCUUCACAAAGCAUUGUCCUCGGUCACCCAGCUCCAGCUUAUGCUGCACCUGCGUAUGCUGCACCAGCCUAUGCUGCACCAGCUCUUGCCGCCCCAGCUUAUGGACUCGGAUAUGGUUUAGGACACGGUGCUGUCGUUGCCCACGCCCCCAUCGCUCACGCAGUCGCAGCCCCAGUUGAAGUAUACUCACACCCUCGGUACCAAUUCAACUAUGGAGUCGCUGAUGGGCACACCGGUGACCGCAAGAGCCAGUGGGAAACCCGUGAUGGAGAUGUUGUCAAGGGACAGUACCAGCUCGUCGAACCUGAUGGCACCAUCCGUACCGUCAACUACUCCGCUGACGACCAUAAUGGAUUCAACGCCGUUGUGAGCAGACAAGGUCAUGCCGCGCAUCCAGGACCUGCCGUGAUCAUAUUAGCUACUGCUUUCAUAGCAGUAAGCGCACAGGACCACUACUCCAAUGGACACGCUUCUUCAUCCCAAUCAUUUUCACAAGGAAUAUCUCAUAACCCACAUGGAUACCAGAAUUAUUACCAAAAUGGUUACCAACAAGGCUACAACGUUCAACCUAUUGCUAUCCAAGCACCAUCAUAUCAUUCUGCACCCAUAGCACAUCAAACCUUAACUGUGCAGCACGCAACCCCAAUCAGACAUGUUGCGCCAGUAUAUGAACAUGCCCCAGUCAUAUCCCAUGCUGCCCCUAUCAUUUCUCAUGCUGCCCCUAUCAUUAGUCAUGCCGCUCCACUUAUUUCUCAUUCUUCCCCAAUCAUCUCCCAAGUUUCUCAAUAUACCCCAACUCAUACAUCUAUUGCCCAUGCUACCCCAAUCAUUGCACAUGCUGCCCCUAUACAUCAAUCCGUACACUACUCUGCUCCAACCAUUCAACAAGCUCCAGUUCAUUAUAACCAGCAAUAUGCCACUGGACACCAGGAAUAUUACUCGCACCCAAAAUACGAGUUCGAGUACAGCGUGAACGACCCUCAUACCGGCGACAUCAAGUCUCAACACGAAGCUCGGGACGGAGACCAUGUGGCCGGCUCAUACAGCCUCCACGAGGCAGACGGCUCUGUCCGUACUGUGCAUUACAAUGCUGAUGGUCACAACGGAUUCAAUGCUCAUGUUGAACACUCAGAACCAUCGAAGCACAUCCAGCCAGUACAACAAUAUGUAGUACCUCAACACAACUACCAUCAUUAAUUAUUAAUUUUACCUUGUUGAAUAUUAAUAAUGUGUUCUUAAAAUCUAUAAGUUAGUGUUAAAUAUCCUGUUAGAUCACUUUGGAAUAAAUCUAGUCCUUAAAUAUUA